AUGAAACUCAUUCUCGCUCCUCUUUACCCUUCCAGCUUGUUUCUACUUUUCGUCAGCCUACUGGUGGCCGGACAGCCCUACACUCCGACCGAUGAGAUCAACCUUAACUGUGGCUCAUCCGACGACGUGGUCUAUGAAUCUCAAACGUGGAACGGCGAUAUCAAUUCCAAGCUUUCCCCUAUAGAAGUUGGUAGCGCGUCCAAGGUUAUGGAUGCGCCACGGUCGUCCUCAACGGCCGGCCAAGUACCGUACACAACAGCACGGCUUUCUCGCUCAGAAUUCACUUACCGGAUUCCCGUCAGUCCGGGUCAGAAGUUCAUCCGCUUGUAUUUCUACCCAGCUUCAUACAAAGCCGUCAACGCGAACUUCGACCGCUCGAAAUCACUCUUCUCUGUCAAACUCGGUGGCUAUAACUACACCUUCCUCAAGGACUUCAACGCUUCUGUCCAGGCAGAUGCAGAUUAUUUCGAGACGAUGAUCAGAGAAUUCUGUAUUAACAUUGAUCCGGAAAGACACAUCUUGAACAUCACAUUCACUCCUAGCAAUGAUGGAUACGCUUUUAUCAACGGGAUUGAAAUUAUGUCCAUGCCUGCCUUUCUUUACUACACUGCACUCCAAGACGAUGGGCCGAAAGCCGUCACCGGAAACCGGUACCCUGUGGAAAACAACACCGCUCUGGAGAUGAUGUACCGAAUCAACGUCGGUGGAGGCGUGCUCUCACCGAGUGAAGACACCGGCAUGUAUCGAACCUGGGAUGCAACUGACGAGAUGUACUUAGAUAAGUCAAGUAGAGAGUUCAGUAUUGUACCACAUGUCAAUAAUGUUCAUCUCAAAUUUGGGAAUAUCUCUAACUACACUGCGCCGGAAGAGGUCUAUAAAACCGGCCGGUCAAUGGGGCUGAACAAAACAAUCAACAAAAGCUACAAUCUCACAUGGGUAUUUGGAGUACAUCCACAAUUUUCUUACCUAGUGAGGCUUCAUUUUUGUGAGAUUGUACCGUAUAUUACGAUGGAGGGAGGUCGUAGGUUUCAGAUUUUUAUAGCCAAUGAAACAGCAGAACGGGGAGCGGACAUAAUCCAGUGGAGUGGAGGAAAUGGGGUUCCGGUAUAUAAAGACUACAUUGUGUUCGUGCCAAGAGUUCCUAACACAAAGACAGAUUUAGUUGAAUUCUCUGUUGCACUCCAAGCAGGCGAAGAUUCUACAACUGGAUACAACGAUGCUAUCUUGAAUGGGGUCGAAAUCUUCAAAUUGAAUGACACAGACGGCAAUCUCGCCGGACCUAAUCCCGACCCACGGCCGGAGGACAAACGAAAAGUGAACCCGGUAAACCCUAGAGAAUCGAAGAAGAAGUCGAUGACAAUGCUAGCUAUUCUUGCCGGUGUACUUUCGGUGUUUCUUGUUCUUUCCGUCGUAGGGUUUUUACUUUUCAGGCGUAGUAGAAAACCUAAGGGCUCCAACUCUAGCAAAGCAACAAAAUGGGGGCCGUUUUCUUUUUCCACGACCAAGUCCACCAAGUCUCGCGGCUCAUCCCUACCGUCGGAUUUGUGUCGCCACUUUUCACUGGCGGAGAUCAAAGCCGCCACACAAAACUUCAACCAUGAUUUCAUAAUCGGCGUCGGCGGGUUUGGUAACGUCUACAAAGGCUACAUCGAUGAUGGCUCUAUACCGGUGGCGAUCAAACGCCUCAAACCAGAGUCGUCACAAGGUGCACACGAGUUCAAGACCGAGAUCGAGAUGCUGUCCCAACUUUGCCAUCUUCAUUUGGUGCCCCUCGUCGGAUAUUGUACGGACAACGGUGAGAUGAUAUUAGUGUAUGACUACAUGGAAAAUGGGACGCUACGUGAUCAUUUGUACAACACCGAAAAUAAACCACCUCUUGCAUGGGAGCAACGCCUCCAAAUUUGCAUCGGCGCGGCGCGUGGGCUGCACUACCUUCACACGGGGGCCAAGUGCAUGAUCAUCCACCGUGACGUGAAGAGCACAAAUAUCUUGUUGGAUGAGAAAUGGGUGGCCAAGGUUUCCGACUUUGGAUUGUCCAAAAUGGGCUCCACCACCAUGUCCAAAACUCACAUCAGCACAAUGGUGAAGGGUAGUUUCGGGUAUCUUGACCCAGAGUACUACAGACGUCAACAGUUGACUGAGAAGUCGGAUGUUUACUCUUUUGGAGUUGUGUUGUGUGAGGUUCUGUGUGCAAGGCCAGCUCUGAUACGAACGGUGGAGAAGAAGCAAAUGAGCCUAGCUGAAUGGACUAAGAGUUGUCAUCGAAACGGCUCGAUCUAUCAAAUCAUUGAUCCAAAUCUAAGGGGAAAGAUUGCAGCUACAUGUCUGAACAAGUUCGUUGAGCUUGCCGUGAGUUGUAUGAACGAUAAUGGAAACGAGCGGCCAUCGAUGAAUGACGUAGUUUGGGGGCUUGAGUUUGCAUUGCAGCUUCAGCAGAGUGCAGAAGUAUUUUUAGACGUGGAUAUGGAAGGUGAAGAUGAGGUUGCGUUCAUUAAAGGUAAUGAUGAUGGGACUAGUUGUAGCUGGGAAUACUCGUCGGAUUCGAAGAACAGCAGAACGACUAAAACUAGUAGCGGGAAAAUGUCGACCACCAAUGAAUCCAUUAGAGGAAUGUCUGGAACGAUCUUCUCUGAGAUCAAGGAUCCCACUGUGAGAUGA